AUGACCGUGGCCUCAAAUUUGCGUAGCAGGGCCCAUACGGGCUCGAAAUCCAUGGACACAGACACUCCCAGUGAGUUGACGCUUCCACCAGAACCAGAUCCCGACACACCCCAGGUGCUGUUCAUGAACACGCACGACGUGGGGAACAGAACCGGCCAUGUACCACCGAGUUACUACCAAGUAGCAACUCCAAAGUCACCGCAUGAACUUUCGCUUGCCGACGAGCUGGAAGAGGAACACCGGGGCUCGACGUCACACUCGCAGCAUUGCGAAAGUGAAGAAGCCGAACGUGGCAAGUACGAAACGGCCAAGCGCGAGAUCUUGGAGUCUCUGAACUUACACAUAUUGCUCACCAACCGGGAACACACGGAUCUCAACGCGGAACUGGGCCGUGUGGAGGCCCAGAUGCGUGUGCUGGAACAUAUGCAUCGCGAUCCUAAGCUCAUCGAGCAUGUGGAACAGCAUCAGGAAGAGUUGUACAACCGCCACCGCGAGCAGUUUCUGCGUAGGAAAGAGUGGGAAAGCAUGCAUGGCGUUGCGAACGCCACAACCCCCUUCGAUGUCAGGUCCGCGGGCCUCACAAGCACCGACAAUACCCAAGGCGAAUAUUUUUAUCACACGCGCAGCAAAUCUACCAACAACAUUCACAGCCAGUACCAAUCGCGACUGCGACCCGCUAACCUCAACAACGUGGGGAAGCGGCUGACUGGUGACAAAGGCUUGCAACCUCGGGAACCGCCAUUGGCCGAGAGCACUGCGGGCGGCGAUUUAGCCACUACGCGGCCCUCACUCUUACCUCAACCUCACAAGAGAAACUAUAGCAGUUCGUGUUUGACUAGUAAGAGCGGAGUGGUGGGCUCUAACGAGAAAAAUGAGCCAAUUUUCAAGAGACCAGAUGGUAUACUGGUCAUUAUAGCAUGUUCAUUCUGUGAACGUAGUGGAUUUACGUCGGCUCAAGGCAUUGUAAAUCACGUCAGACUCAAACACGCCACGAGCUACCCGAGUCAGCCUCUGGCGGUACUGAAGAACCAACAGAUUCUGCCCGAGAAUGAUCAGCCCCCGGAGGUACUCUCCCAGUUCAAGGAACUAAACUUGGAUCCCGCGCAUGAAUACCUUCCGCACGUUAUUAAUAUGCAGACAAGUGGCCAGGUAGCUGGUCAAAAAGUUCGCAGCAAUAGUGUUCGAGAGAUUUCACCCCGCGCCACAACAGCUACUCCAACUGAGGCGCGCCUAGUUACGUCCAAGAAAUCCACCAAGCAUUUAAAAAACCUAUAUCAGAAAGACGAUUUCAAAGAAAUUGUUGAAUAUGUGAACGAGGCUCAAAACGACCUGGAUGCUAUACUAGGACAACAGUCAGACUUGGAAGAGGAAGGUAAGGAUGGUAAUGAUAACGAUGAUGAUAACGAAGACCAUGAUAAUGGUGAAGUUAAUGACAACAAGGUGAAAGUAUUCACCUCUGGCGACGCAAUGUCGGGAGAAAGCAAGGAAGCCUCUACAGAUGGAUUCCUUAAAUCAGAAAGCCCCAUCGAAACCAAGCGCAGUGUGUCUCCGACCGGAACCACCAACAGAAAACGGUUUAAACCCGCUGAAAAAAAAGUAAGGCCCGAUGCCAUCGCCUUCAUGAAAGUGCCUGAGCGUGAUAAAAGAUCUACUCACUACAAUCUGCGCGCGAAGUCUAAGCUUCGGGGGCACAAUAGAUACGAAUGA